AUGGACAAAGCAAAACGUAUAGCAAAACUGUUUGUUCGUAAAUGGACCACAAGAGACGGUUUAAUUGGAGAUUAUGAUUAUAAAUACUUAUUCACACCAGAAAUACCCUUUUUAACAAGAGAACCAAAAGUUCAACCAUUUUUUGGUUUAGAUUCAGACAUGCCAAUCGUUUUGGGUGCAAUUCUAGGAUUCCAACAUUCUUUAGCUAUGGUUGGUGGUUUGGUUGUUGUCCCAAUAUUAAUCAGUAUUUCAGCAAAUUUACCUGCUUCAACUCAACAAUAUUUAGUAAGUACUUGUUUAAUCGUUUCAGGUAUAUUAUCGACUAUUCAAAUUACAAGAUUUCAUAUUUGGAAAACUCCUUAUUAUUUAGGUACUGGUUUAUUAUCAGUUGUUGGUCCUUCAUUUGCAACUUUACCAGUCACUUCAAAUGCUUUCCCAUUAAUGUAUUCAGAUGGUACAUGUCCAGUUGCAGCUGAUGGAACUAAAUUACCUUGCCCAAAUGGUUAUGGAAGAAUAUUAGCCAGUGGUAUUGUUUGUGGUUUAUUGGAAAUGUUAUUGAGUUUUUUACCACCAAAAAUUUUACAAAAGGUUUUCCCUCCAUUAGUUACUGGUCCAGUUGUCAUGUUAAUCGGUAUUCAUUUAGUUGAAUCUGGAUUUGAAGAUUGGGUAGGAGGUUCAGGAUGUGUUGGAGAAACUUGUAACGUUGGUAAAUUUUCAUUACCUUGGGGCUCAGCUAAUUUUAUUGGUUUAGGGUUUUUAGUAUAUGUUUCAAUUAUUUUGGCUGAAAAGUUUGGUGCACCAAUCAUGAAAAGUUGUGCUCCAAUUUGUGGAUUGCUAGUUGGUUGUAUAGUGGCUGCUAGUCUUGGCUACUUCAGCUCAGAGACCAUCAGUUCCGCCAAGGUUGCAAGUUUCGUUUGGGUUGAAACUUUCAAAUUACAAGUUUAUGCUCCAGCAAUUUUACCAUUUUUAGCUGUUUAUAUUGUGCUAAUGAUGGAAGCCAUUGGAGAUAUAACGGCAACUUCAGAUGUUUCUAGAUUGGAAGUUGAAGGAGAACAAUAUGAAUCAAGAAUCCAAGGUGGUGUUUUAGCUGAUGGUUUAAAUGGUAUACUAGCAGGAUUAAUGACAGUUACUCCUAUGUCAGUUUUUGCUCAAAAUAAUGGUGUCAUAGCUAUCACUAAAUGUGCGAAUAGAACUGUUGGAUAUUGGUGUUGCUUCUUCUUAUUGGUAAUGGGAAUCUUUGCCAAGUUUGCUGCUGCUAUCAUCUCUAUUCCAAAAGCCGUGUUAGGUGGAAUGACUAGUUUUCUUUUCCUGAGUGUUGUUAUCAGUGGUAUUAAGAUCAUUUCAACUACCGAAUUUACAAGAAGAGAUAGAUUUGUAUUAACUGCUUCAGUUCUACCAGGUUUAGGUGCGACUUUAGUUCCAACUUGGUUCAGUAGUGUUUUCACUUAUACAGGAAGCAAUCAUGCCUUAACUGGUUUUUUCAAUGCUAUUGUUUUAGUUAUGGAAUCAGGGUUUGCAGUUACUGGAUUAAUUGGAGUUAUAUUAAAUUUAAUUUUACCACAAAUUCAUGAUGAUGUUGAAGAAAUCGAGGAAUUAGUUUUGGAAACUGUUGGAUCAACUGAUGAACAUGCUAGAGAACAAUAUGCUAGAAAAGAAGGUAUUUCUGUUGAUCAAUUAAAGUCACAAUUAUCAAAUAAUCAUGGUGUUACAAGUGUCAGAUCUUCUGAUGGAGUACCUGAUUUACCAUAUCAUAAAUAA